UUCUGAGUCAUUGAACGCACACAAUAGACACCGAAAGAUUUCGAACCAUCAUGAUGUUUGACAUAUCAAGAAUAUCGGCAAUCGAUAUUAAAUCAUUAAGUGAAGAAGAAACUGAUUCUUGGUGCAAAAAAUUAAUCAAGUAUCCAAUCAAUAAUGUGGAACAGGAUUUGGAUAAGAAUGAACUCAUACAAUUGUUUCAAUUUACAAGAUCCUUGUUGAAUGUUAAACAUAUACAAACAAAUGUUCUUCUGGAAGAAUUGCAAAACAUUGAACAAAAAUAUGAAGAUAUUGAAAAUGAAUUGGAUACAUUAAGAAAUAAUCAAACAGAUACCGAACUAAAACAAUUGCAGAAAAAAUAUGAUGAUCAAGAACAUCAGCUUCAGAAAGCUAUCAAACAACGACAGGAACUAAUCAAUGAACUUGAACAAAAAGAUAAAGAAUUGAUGCAAAUUCAAACAUCCAUUUCACAUAGCACCGAUUCAACAAUGACUAGUGAUAACUUAUCUGAUUCACGAUUUUCAACUGAUGAAAUGAAACUUCGAUUGAAAGAAAAAAAUGAUCAAAUCGAACAACUGUUAGAUAAAUUAUACGAUUCGGAUCGUAUUAAUCUUGAUCUAGCCGAACAAGUGGCUAAACUUCGUGUCGAUUUGGCCAAAUCGGACAAUGACUGCCAAUUAUUGACCGCUAGACGACAAAUGCUUGAACAACAAAUCCUUGAAUUAGAAAAGCUUAAUGAAAGCUUAUUAAUAGAUCGGCAACGUCGCGACCAAGAACUUGAUCGCCUUCGUAAGGAAAUGAUUGGAGAGCAAAAGAACUUGGCUGAUUACCAGGGACAUUUAUCAGACUUGGACACUUCAUUCCAUCAAAGAAUGACAAAAGAAUUAGAUAAGCUAAAAACUUUAAUCAAAGUUAAAGAUUCUGAAAUACAUGAACUUCGUGAAAUGAUCAAAAUGUUGCCAAACGAAUCAAAUCAAAACGUUAAACAGUUAGAAGAACGAAGAGAUCAAAUCGAACGCCUUGAAGAAGAACUUAGUAUUCUAACUGAAGGUUUGCGGCAAAAAUUUCAAGAAGAUGGAGAACAAAGUAAUCAAGACGAAAUAAAUGAUCCAAUCAAACUACGUAAACAAAAUCGAAAGAUGCGAAAUUUAAAAACACAAAUUAAAUCCCUUGAAAUGAGAAUAGAUGAACUUGAACAUGAAGCUCGUAAUAAGGACGAAGCAUUAACACGUCAGCGUAAACGAAUGUCGAUGCUGAUAGGUGGAGAUGAACGCAUAAGAAAGUUGUUCGAAGAAAAUACCGUCCUUACACGAAUGUUAAGGUCACGUGAAAAUCGUAUAGAAUUUCUUAUCAAUCAACUCAAUAAACAUAAUUUAGUUCCUGAAAGUCCAAUCGAAUCUGAAGCAUCCAAUGAUUCAAGUAUAAAAUCUAUACAACAAGAAAUAGAACUCCGUGACCAAUUGAUAGCCGUAACUGUUGAACGUGAUGUUUUACAACGUCAUCUUGAAGCCGUUCAAACCCACAUGGAAUCUAUUCAUAAUGAAAAUUUAGAGCUUCAAAUGGGAAUGAAAGAAAUUCUUGAUGGCUUACGACAAACAGAUGUCACAACUGAUCUGGUACUCGAAUGUCCAAGUUUAGAAAAAGUUUGCAGAAUGCUUGAAAAUCGAUCAAUUUAUUAUGGAUUAAAUGGAAAUCAAAAUGGUGAAAAUCUCACACAGAUGAUUCUACUAAAAUCUGAAUUAGAUCACAUUCGAGGACAAAAUGAUCAGCUUCGAAUCGAACUAAAAAACUUGAGAGCAGAUUUUCUAUCAGUAAUUGAUGAAUACACUACUGAUAUACUGAAUAAUUGGACGAUGAGUGGUGAUGAACAGGCUCCAAAUUCUAACGACAAUAAUUCUAUGCCGAAUUCGUCUUACAUUGACCAAAAUGAAAACGAUGAUGUUAUUGUUACAGAUGAUUACGAAAAUGAUGAUGAUACGCUUUCUCAGUCAAAAGAUGAAGAAGAAUCAAUUGCAGAAUCAAAAUCGACUGAAGGAUCGACUUUAAGGCCAAGAUCGAGAAUUCAAAGAAGACUAAGUUCGCAGGAAGGUAAAGUAGAAGCUUUGACUGAUACAAAGCAAGCUCCGGAAAGGAUCUCAAUUGGCACUAUGACUUGUUCAUCAGAAUCUGUUAAAACUCUGGAUGUUGGAUUAGAUCCAAUUUUUUCCAAAGAAUCUGAGCAAGUACAGAUUUCAGAAGCUCAAAUAGAAAACAAAUCUACACAAAAGUUCAUAGUAGAAAAAGUUGAUGAAAAAUCAAUUGGAAAUGAAAUCGUGAAAUCUUAUGAAAAUCAUUUGUCUGAAAAGACUAAUUUAAAUAUUAGCGACGAGGAUCAAUACGUAUUAAUGACCGAUGUUCAGGUGCAAACUUUUUCGCCAAAUUUUCAUUCUCAAUCUACACAAACAACCGAAUGGAAAGAAGUCGUACAAGAAACGGUUCACUGUGAACAAUGUCAAAAGCAUUUGAACAUGUUGAAUUCGGUUCGCCGGCUAUUCGAACAAGAACGGCAACAAUUUCGACUUCAGGAAACAAAAAACUUUGAAAUGAUUGAAUCUUUACGUCAAAAUCUUACUUUGGUUAAAAAAGAAUACAAGUUGGAUGUUGAUGCCAGAAAUGAAGAAAUUCAAGAUUUGCGAGACAAAAUGGUAAAAAUGACUAACUCAAUACAAACGAUCCAAAUGGAAAAAGAACAGAAACAAACUUCUUUAAUUGAGAUUAAAUCCAACAGCAAAGAUGAAGAAGAAAUUGUUGCGAAAAUAGCACAAAUUCAGCCUCAACAACAACCACUAGAAAGACAAUCAAUCGAUUCGAAUCAAAUGAAACAAAACAAAGCGAUUCUUGAAACAAUGAUCGAAUGUUUGCAAAAUUGUCUUAAACAAAAAGACGAAGCGUUAUGUGAAUAUCGUGCGAUGCUAGAACAAAUGCGGCAGACGUAUGCGACUGCAGACAAAUCUCGCCAUCAUAUUCAACAGCAAGCUAAUUCGUUGAGCAUAAUUGAACAGAAUCGACAAAGUUUAUCCAAUCAAAAGGAAGAGAGAAAAUUCGUUCAGUCGAGCGUUGAAGAUGAACAAAUCAACAUUUUGGAAAUGGAAAAAAUUUAUGAAAAUUUAUUCGUCAAACCAAAAAUGCAAGAGAAUGAUCAAUUGAUGGAGCUGUUGCGGUCGACUUUACAUCAGCUAGAAUCUGUCCGAACAAAAUCACGGGAACGUAUCAAACAAUUGGAAAUGGAACUUCAAACAAAAUCCAAUCUUAUAGUCGAACUCGAAUCAAAUCUAAAUCAUGCGACUAAACAAUUAGAGUCUAACAAAGCUAAAAUUCAAGUUUUCGAAUCCGAAUCACGAUCUAAAGAAGAAAAAAUUCAAACAUUGAAUACUAAAUUAAAUGAUAUGAUCCGAAGAAAUCAACAAUCAAUUCAAACAGCAACAGCUUUAAAGAAAAAGGUUGAAAACUCAAUUUUUCAAGAAAGUGCUGAUCUUCGAUCAAAAAUUACCGAACUUAAUGCGGAGGUACGACGAGUUGAAUUGGAAAAAUGGAAUAUUGAAAAACGUUUAUCACAAGAACGUCAAUCGGCACGUGAGCGCCUUAGCGAACGUGAUCAACAAGUUACACAACUUAACGAACAAUUGUCGAAACUCCAAUCAUUAAUGGCGAAAAUGGAGCGCAAAUUGAUUGCUAAAAAAGAUAAACCAACGCCAAAAAUCGAAACCGAAAAUCGAUCCGUACAGACUGUGAACGAAGAUCAACAAGAAUAUUCAAAUCGCUCUGUUCGAUUCAGCCAAAUUCAAGUGCAACGAGAGGAACUUCCACUUCAACAUUCGUUCGGUAAAAAGAAAAUAAUCAAACCAGAUAUUCAUGUCAACAUGCUUAUGACAGACGAAUUGGAAAAACCCAAAAAGACCAAAAAACCGAUUCGUACAAAAAAACUUUUAAGACCCGAUAUUCAGAGCAUUCACAGUUCGAAUGACGAACAAUUGAAACAAGUUGAUGAACAAUUUCAUUAUUUAAAAGAAUUCUCAAUACAGAAUAACCUGGAUCAAAUUGAAUCAAGUUCUGAAACUGCAGAUGAAAUAUUAUCGAUUGAAGACGAUUCUAGUCGACAAAUCGUCAUCCAUCCGAGAGACCGUGAUCAUAUGUCAUCAAUUAUCAAUGAAAUUGCUAUUGUUGAUCGUAAGACACCAACAACUGAUUCAAAUCAAGAUAUCACGUUAAUGAAUCAAAUCAAAAGACUCAGUCAACGAAUGAAAAAAUCGUCUUCAACUAGUUCGUCUAUGGGAACAGCUACCUCUUCUUCUUCGUCCUCUUUAUCAAUAAAAUCGAAUGGCUAUUGUUUCGAUAAAGUUGUACAGAAAAAUGAAAAAAAGUUACAAACAUCUGAUUGCUGCCGUGAUUGCAAAUCAAAAUUGCAAACACACCGUAUUGAACAACAUUUAAUUGAUUUAAGCUUAGAACGUUUAUUGGAUCAAAAUGUAGGCCAUUUGAAAUCAUCACUAAACAUUUGUGAAGCAUCAAUUUCGAAUUAUUCAGCAAAAAAGAAAUCAAUAGAAAAAAAUGAUCAUGGCCAUUAUGAUCAUACAGAAUUAGAUUGUGAUCAAAUAUAUGAAUAA